AUGUACAAGUCAUGGUACUCCUACUCCUUGACACGGCACUAUCCCUACCGGUGGUUCACGCCAGUAUUAGUCGUUGGUGGGAUAAUUGCCAUAAUCGCGUUCUCGCUUCUCAACGUUGCGGCCCAAGGAUACGAGCUAACUCCAAGAUCAUCCGUCAAUCCAAAUGAAACAAGCUCUGAGAGGGACUGGCUGUCAAAUUGGCCAACGUUUCUCGUAGGAGCACGCCCAAGCUGUGAAGAUACCGUUAUCCCGCUCCAGGCCCAGAUAUACACAAAUAAAUCAGCCAUCCCCUACACCAUCGAGAGCGUAUGGAAGAUUGCAGGUUACCAACAGACCGAGAACCUUGGGUCCCUAGUCUACCAUAACCAGCCUCUACAGCAAUGCAAUGUGUCCUCCAUCACUUCCGAUUUUGAUAUUCAAGCGCGAUCAGCAUCGCAAAUGGCCAUGUUGCCCGUCGGCGGGACGGUGACUGCAACAAUUGUGUGCUACUUUGACAGUGAAGAAGGUCGAACCUACGUCCAGCUCAAUGGUCUUUUCGAUCCGGUUGCCCCGUCCUAUCGACUCUACCGGUCUUUUGUCUACAGUAACCAGUCGUACCAGACGAAUCUUCACUGGGGCCACUCUAUGAUGCGAACCUAUUGGGCCGAUAUGAUGUGGAAGUUUGCAGAAAGCAACAAGAAAAGGGACAGUCGCUGGUACAACGGGGUUGUCCUCGUCGACCUGCUACCAGAGAAGCGGACUGCUACAGAGCAGGACAUUAUGGACAAAGACUUCUUGCGUCUUGACUGUUUCUUGAACCGGAGGCAGGAUCCAGAUACUCGAACCUUCAUCGACUUUUGUAACUCGCGAAGGAACAUGACUACGUUGGCUGCGCUUGGAGGCGACGAUGUUCCCGACUUGGACUUUUGGGAGUCAACAAACACCCUUUCCAAAGCCACAUAUUUUACCGUUCUGGCGGACCUGGGGCGCGAUGACGCCUCUAUGCCGAAUAUAUUAAGCCGGCCAUCUCUCCUAAAGGACUUCACCCAAAGCCUCGCGUCUACCCGCAAGAACCUUAGUGAAGCAUUCAGAUGGGGAAUGGACGGUAUUGCUACCGAGUCCUUUGACCCAUCGGAGUUUCCCAGCGUCGACUUGGCUAUUGAGCCGGCUGUGCUUUCUACCACAUAUCUAUGUAAGGUCAGGGUGCUCAAGAACCCCGCUAGCCUGAUCAUGGCAGUCCUGGUGGCCGAUAUCGUCUUCGUCAGCGCGCUCUGGAGACUGUACGUGUGGGCUGUGGUUACAUUCUGGGUUGGCGAGGCAGCGACGUUGCCGCAGUGUGCUUGCUAUAAGCUUGAUGAGGAACAAAUCCCAUUGCAUUUCAUUCAGAAGGGCUUCACUUCGAAUGUUGAUCAUUCGAUGGAAAAUAUUGCUAGUGAAGGCAGAUCCACAGAGCAGAUUGCUAGCCAGAGCGACUCUGGAGCCUAG